CUCCUUGCGCUCUCUACGCGGAUCCGAGAAAAUGCCGAGCGCUCCAACAAAGACACGGAGAAGGGACCACGUGUGCGAACCGGGAGGGUGCCUGACGGCGCAGGCCAAGGCUGGGGUACUAAAGACCCGUCUUGAGAUUGAGCCAGGCGUACCGUCAGGCAUCACUUCCUCCGAGAGGCCUGCCCCUUAGGCUGGGCGGGCGCCCAGAGUUGCCUCUGUCCCGGCACGGUUCACUGCGAUUCGGAACUUCCCAGUGACGCACCUGCAGCCCCCGCUGCACCUUGGGCCUGGGAGUGCUCUCACGGUUCCCAGCGUGCGGCCCUAAAGACGUUCUUCAAAUGUUUGUCCAAUGGAUAAAGGACCGUGACCUCGAUUUUGACGGGAGGUGGGGACAGGGAAAGACACGGGGUGGGGUUGAGGGUGUCCUUAAGAUGAGUGCCACAAUCAGGUGUGCAUUUCAAAAGACGGGCCUUUGCCGAGUAGGGAGGAGGGCCCACGGAGACCCUCAGACCAGGGACAAUAGGGGGAUGAAGGCGGACCCAGGAAAUCGAUCCCCGAAAGCAAGGAGUUUUUGGAAUGAAGUGCCGUCACACUUCCCUGCCUUUACUCGGGUGGUUCCUUUCACUCUGAACGAAGAUUGUUUUCAUUUAUCUGUCUAUGGGAAUCCUGAUCGUGCACCUCCUCAAGGAAGCUCUCCUGGUUUCCCCAAUCACAGCUUAUUGCUCCCUCUCUCUCCCCCUCGGAACACACUUGUCGGGCCUGUGACUAUAAGGACACUGAACGCAGGUUUGUGGAGAGGGUUCUUGGUAUUGCGGAGUGGCUGCAGAAGCCUCAAGGUCCCUGCGGAGGAGGCCCAAGAGGACAGAGGGGAAGUGGCUGUGCUAGCCCCUACCUGCCACUGGCCUUUACCUGUUCUGUCCCGCUUUCCUGCCAAACCCAUCUUUCCCCGCCUACUCCCUUCCCAGUCCAAAGUCCAGGCCUGGGCGAGGCACUCAAUCGUCGACGGCUGGAUGCGUCCUUGCGCAGCCUCUUGGUGAAAAGCAGCGUGUCCGCCGGUAGUGCAAGAAAGACCUGUGAGCCCAAGAUGCAGCUGGACCGACUUCGCGAGCGGCUGAGAGCCGUGGCCUUCGGGGUCCUGCUUCUCCUUGUCCCGGGCCAGGGCCAGGACUCGGCCAGCCCCGUGCGGACCACGCACACGGGCCAGGUGCGGGGGAGCCUCGUCCAUGUGAAGAACACUGAUGUGGGGAUCCACACCUUCUUGGGAAUUCCCUUCGCCAAGCCACCUCUAGGGCUGUUGCGGUUUGCACCCCCGGAGCCCCCGGAAUCUUGGAGUGGUAUAAAGGAUGGGACCUCCCACCCAGCCAAGUGUCUGCAGGACUUCGCUAGCAUGAAAGAAAUGACUCUGAAACUACUGAAUGUGACCCUGCCUUCUACUUCCAUGUCUGAAGACUGCCUGUACCUCAACAUCUACACACCUGCCCAUUCCCAUGAGGGCUCUAAACUGCCUGUGAUGGUGUGGAUCCAUGGUGGUGCGUUUGUCGUGGGCAUGGCUUCCAUGUAUGAUGGCUCUGCUCUGGCGGCCUUCGAGGACGUGGUGGUGGUCGUUAUCCAGUACCGCCUGGGUUUGCUGGGCUUCUUCAGCACUGGAGACAAACACGCAACUGGCAACUGGGGCUACCUGGAUCAAGUGGCCGCACUACACUGGGUCCAGCAGAAUAUCGUCUACUUUGGAGGCGACCCUGACCAUGUCACCAUUUUUGGCGAGUCUGCGGGUGGCGUAAGCAUGUCUUUGCAUGUUGUGUCCCCCAUGUCCGAAGGACUCUUCCACUGCGCCAUCAUGGAGAGUGGCGUGGCCCUGCUGCCCAGCUUCACCGCCAACUCAUCUGAUGUGGUCUCCACAGUGGUGGCCAACCUGUCUGCCUGUGGCCAGGUUGACUCAGAGGCCCUGGUGGACUGCCUGCGGCACAAGAGUGAAGAGGAGAUUCUGGCCAUCAACAAGCCCCUCAGCAUCAUCCCUGGCCUGGUGGACGGUAUCUUCCUGCCCAAGCACCCCCAGGAGCUGCUGGCCUCUGCCGACUUGCACCCUGUCCCCAGCAUCAUUGGUGUAAACAACGAUGAGUUCAGUUGGAUCAUGCCCUCGGUCAUGAACAAUUCUGACACCCAGAAGGAAAUGGACAGAGAGACCAUAAAGGAUGGCUUGCAGAUAAUAUCAACAAUGAUGAUGAUGCCGCCUGAGUUUGGUGACCUGUUGAUGGAGGAGUACAUAGGGGACAGUGAGGACCCCCAGACCCUCCGAAUCCAGUUCCAUGAGAUCAUGGGGGACUGCAUCUUCGUGAUCCCUGCACUCCAAGUAGCAAAGUUGCAGUGUUCCUACGCCCCUGUCUACUUCUACGAGUUCCAGCAUCAGCCCAGCUUCUUCAAGGAUGUCAGGCCGAGCUAUGUGAGGGCAGACCAUGGAGAUGAGGUUCACUUCAUCUUCAGAAGUCCUUUCGGGAGCAGCCACAUCCAACUCACUGAGGAGGAAGAGCUGCUGAGCAGGAAGAUGAUAAAGUACUGGGCCAACUUUGCUCGAAAUGGGAACCCCAACGGCGAGGGUCUGCCCCACUGGCCUGUGUUCAACCAGGAGGAGCAGUACAUGCAGCUGAACACUCAGCCUGCAGUGGGCCGAGCCCUGAAGGCCCACAGGCUCCAGUUCUGGACGAAGACCCUACCCCAGAAGAUACGGGAGCUAAUGGAGGCCAAGGAGAAGCACACAGAACUGUAGCUGCUUGCGUCUGGGGGAGGGGGGUGGAGGGGUGGGCUUGAGUGUAGGUGGGAGUCUGCCGGAUGUGCCCACACACACCCAGUGAGGAGCCAGUAGUUUCUUCCUUCAUUCACAUAGCCAUUCAUUCAUUCAUUCAUUCGUCUAUCCAUCCAUCCAUCCAGCAAACAUUGAAGAACCUACUGCAUGAUGUUAGUUCCCAAGCCUGCCAUGGGUCCUCUCUUGUUAGACACAAUCCAUAAACCCUCCCAGGAAGCUGGAUGAGCAAACCCCAAUGGAAGUUUACCUUCCUCAACACCCCAGUGGGCCCUGGGCCCCAUCCUCCCCUCCUCACCUCCACUCCCUCCCCACCCUCUUUCUCCUCUCCCUCUGAAGGAAGGUGCUUUGGGGCAUGUCGCCCACACUUGGCUCUCAACAAGCCCCCCAUGCUUUCCAUCUGUAAAUGGCCAAUAGGAAGCCUGGAUACCAGGAGCCUGGGAGCUCCAAGAUCUCAGCCCCACUGAGGCUCCCAAUGACUAAGAAUGUAAAUGUCCCUGUCCCCACUCAUUGUCCUCCUAGAUUAAGUGCCGUCUAUCAUUGACAUUUAAACAACCUACUCAUUCACUUAUCAGUGUCCCACGGAGGUAACCCCAUUUUUUGUAGGAACUCAGAGUGGGCUUGUCCAUGGGUCCCUGGAGCCUGGACCAGCUGCCCAGUGGCCAGGAGAAGCAGGCGGGUUCCUCAGUCACUGCCUCUGGAAGCUUGUCUUCAUUCUCAGUGGUUCUGCAGACACUGUAGGGCCCAAACUUUACAUGACUGUAGCACAUCCAUGAAGAUGUUUAUCUGUGGGAUGUUUCCUGGAAGUAGGAUUGAGGGGUCAGAAGAUCCAGGCAUAUCUAGGGGAAGAGACUCUUGUUGGCUGGCUCCCAAGGGCCUCUUCAUCCAGGGAGGUCUCCUCUUGCCUUUUAGAAUUCCCCUUGCUACCCUGCCCCCCUCCCCCGCCCUCUCUGCUGAGCAUCGCCCAACUCACCAACUCACUGUGGGCAUCCACAUGAUUAGUUUUCCUACUUAUCUCAUUGUUUUCCCCAAACUUUUAUUCCCCCUGCACCAUCUCCCCCCCACAAAAAACCCUGUCUUAUAUUUUAUCUCAACAUGCAAAGAUACCAAUUAUGUUCACUCUGCCUGUUUGUGCCGCCAAAGCACUUUCUCUCUAUCUUUAAGAAGCUGUAUCCCUCUUCUCAUAGAUCCAGGACUCCCUAUCUCUGACCCUCUGGGCACCAGGUUUCCCAGGAGGAAGGUCCCCCUUCUUUCUGCCCCACCAUAGAGCCUCCUGAAGUUGGGCUUGAAGGCUGGAGAUUCCUGCAUUGCCAACUAUGCCCAUCAGAUGGCAGACUAGCAUAACCUUAAGCUUGAGAUGACCAACUCUGGAGCCGGAAGGAGCUUUCCUUCUAAAGAACACUGCCUGGUGCUAAUGCUUCCCCCGCAUCCUGAAAGCAUUUAUUGAGCACCUGUGGCAUGCAUGCCUCUAUGUUUUUCAGUCCUGCAUAUGCACAGUAUACUUCCCAAAAGUGGAUUCCCAAAACUAGUUUUUAGGACUAGUUAAUCUUAUUUUUUUAACAGCUUUAUUGUGGAAUAAUUUACAUACAAUCAAAUUCACCCAUUUUAGGUGUACAGUUUGAUAAAUUGGGAUAAAUGUAUAAGACAUACAACCACCAUCACAUCAAGUUUUAGGAUGCAUCCAUUGCUCCGAAAAGUUCCUUUAGGGACUUCCCUAGUGGUCCAGUGGUUAGGACUUCACCUUCUGAUGUGAGGGGUGCGGGUUUGAUCCCUGAUCGGGGAUCCCACAUGCCUCGUGGCCAAAAAUCCAAAACAUAAAAUAGAGGCAAUAUUGUAACAAAUUCAAUAAAGACUUUAAAAAUGAUCCACAUCAAAAAAAAAAAAUCUAAAAAAAAAAAAGUUCCUUUACGCCACUUUGCACUGCCCUGACCCUGGUCCCUCACAACCACUAAAUUGCUUUCUGUUGCUAUAGUAUGCCUUUUCUAAAAUGUCAUAGAAAUGAAAUCAUUUUUUUUACCAGCUUCUGUCUCUUAGCAUAAUGUUUUUGAGAUUCAAUUAGUAGUUCUUCUCUUUUCUUGCUGAAUAGUAUUCCAUAUAUGACAUGCCACAUUUUAUCCAUUCAUCCAUUGAUGGACAUCUGAGUGAUUUCUAUUUUUUGGCUAUUUUCAAUAAAGUAGCUAUGAACAUUUUCAGACAAGUCCUUGUGUGGACGUAUGCUUUCAUUUUGUAAAUAGUAAAUAGCUAAGAGUGGAAUCGCAGGGUCAUAUGGAGAGUGUAUGCUUAACUUUUAAAGAAAGUGCCAAACUGUCUUCCAAAUUGACUGUUCCAUUUUUGCACACCCACCGGCCAUAUAGGUGGGGUCCAAUUGCUCCAGAUCCUCGCCAACACUUGGUCUUAUCAGUCUUUUACAUUUGAUUAAUUUAAUGGGUGUGUAGUGGCAUCUCAUUGUGG